AAACUCACAUCUCUCACUCCAUAGAAAACAGAGGAAAUCUAUAAGAAAAAAAGAUUCUUAAUUUUUGCAAGUGAAUGCAGAGAGAUGAUGAUGGAAGAGAAACUUGUGAUCAACGAAUUGGAACUAGGGAAAGAGCUUGCGAAUCGAUUGAUGAGCAAUCUCAAACACACUUCUUCUGUUGAUUCCAACAAAACCUUGAUCUCUGAAAUCCUCCGUAUUUACCAGAAUGCCAUUUUCAUGUUGAGGUUCAACGAAGACAAGAACAUCCUUAAGCGAAGCCUUGAGAUCGAUGGAAAGGCUUCUAAAAAUGUCUUCAAAAAGCGGAAAGUUUCGGAGAAGAAGACAGAGAAAGUUAAGGUUUUUGUUGCAACAGGACAAGAAAAUGGUUCAAUCGAUGAUGGUCAUUGCUGGAGAAAAUACGGGCAAAAAGAGAUUCAUGGAUCCAAAAAUCCUAGAGCAUAUUACAGAUGCACGCAUCGAUUCACGCAAGACUGUUUAGCAGUGAAGCAAGUUCAGAAAUCGGACACAGAUCCUUUGGUUUACGAAGUGAAGUAUCUCGGAAACCACACUUGUGACAACAUCACAUCCCCGAAGACGAAGAUGACCACGAACUUCUCUGUUUCGUCGUUCGAAGAAGGAAACAGAGUACAUGUUACAGACCAAACAGAAGACAUGAAACUGACGAAGUCCGAAGAAGUGAUGAUCAAUCUUGAAGAUCUGGAGAACAAGAAGAACAUUUUCAGAACGUUUUCUUUCUCUAACCAUGAGAUUGACAACGGUUUGUGGAAAAGUAACAUGUUCUUGGGAAAUUUUGUGGAAGAUCUUUCUCCUGCAACAUCAGGUUCUGCAAUUACCAGCGAGGUUUUAUCUGCACCUGCUUCUGUUGAGAAUUCCGAAACUGCAGAUUCGUAUUUCUCCUCUCUGGACAAUAUUAUCGAUUUCGGACAGGAUUGGUUGUGGUCGUAGCUUUGAAUUGAUUUGGUGAAUGUAAUGUCUCUCUUAAUGGCAGUAAUUAAUUAUAGAUGGUCAGUUUAAUUAGUAUAGUAUAGAUUUUGGCCCUUUUCAUUUUUUUGUAUCAGCUGAUUUCCCUAUGAAGUUGGAUUGUACUUUAUGACAAUUAAUAAAGAAAGGAUUUUAUA